CCCCUAGCUCAUGUCUCCGCUCCCUGCGCUUCAACUCUAAUCAGAACUUCCCCAUAUCCAUCAAGAAGGCGGCUCUAAAUCUAUUUAUCCAUAGCUCCCCUGCCUCAAUCCCCAUCCCCACACGCACCCAACACCCCCGGCUCUCGCGCGUCGCCGUUCCCCGUUCUUCCUCGUCGGGACAUCGCGUUGCUGCAGUCUUCACCCUGUCCGCGGUCUUUGACCAUUGAUUUUCGAGUGCUUCGGAUCAGAGAAAGCCCAGAUGAACGGCAUGCCGAUCUCCGUGUCCACGGCGCCCAGCGUCGACGGCGGUGGCGGGGAGGACGCCACGCCCAAGAAGAAUGCGGCGGCCGCGGCCGCCGUUGCCGAGAUGGCCAAGCACCUCACCGUCGACACGGACGAUGCCUUCGCCAGCCUCCUCGAGCUCGCCGCCGAAGACGAUGCCGACGGCUUGCGCCGUGCGCUGGAGAGCGGGCCUCCCGCCGCUGCGGACGAGGCCGGCCUCUGGUACGGCCGCCAGAAGUUCAUGGAGCAGCGCACCCCGCUCAUGGUCGCCGCCACCUAUGGCAGCCUCGACGCGCUCCGCCUGUUGCUGUCACUCCCCUCCGUUGAUGUCAACCGCCGCUGCGGUCACAACGACACCACCGCCCUCCACUGUGCCGCCUCUGGUGGCUCUCCGUCUGCUGUUGAGGCUGUUAGGUUGCUUAUCGAGGCUGGAGCUGAUGCUGAUGCCAAAGAUGCGUCUGGGUGCCGUCCAUCUGAUGUGAUCUCUGUGCCGCCGAAGAUGAUUGAUGCGAAGAUUGCCCUGCAAGAUCUGCUUGGGUUCCCAAAGGCUGAACAUGGCGUGCUCCUGGUGGUAACAAGGGCCACAAACUUGAUCUCGUCGCCCGUGUCAUCACCCACCGCUGAAAACGCGCGGUCUCCAUCAGCUGCUGCAAUGACGAUGAUGAUGACAAAGUUUGCAGACCUGCCGAGAGUUGCAACUUCAGAGAAGAAGGAAUACCCAGUGGACCCAUCCCUACCGGAUAUCAAGAACAGCAUCUAUGCUUCUGAUGAGUUCCGCAUGUACUCCUUUAAGAUCAGACCAUGCUCGCGUGCAUACUCGCAUGACUGGACUGAGUGCCCCUUUGUCCACCCUGGAGAGAAUGCUCGCCGGCGGGAUCCGCGCAAGUAUCACUACAGUUGUGUGCCAUGCCCUGACUUCAGAAAGGGUGUGUGCCGGCGUGGUGAUAUGUGUGAGUAUGCUCAUGGGGUAUUUGAGUGCUGGCUCCAUCCAGCACAAUACCGUACUCGUCUUUGCAAGGAUGGCACCGGCUGCAAUCGCCGUGUCUGUUUCUUUGCCCACACAACUGAUGAGCUCCGCCCACUGUAUGCCUCCACUGGAUCUGCAGUACCAUCCCCAAGGGCCUCAGCAACAACUGCAAUGGAGAUGGCAGCAGCAAUGGGCUUGAUGCCUGGUUCUCCAUCAUCGGUUUCGGCAGUCAUGUCCCCGUUUACACCACCAAUGUCUCCCUCUAGCAAUGGGAUGCCCCCUUCUUUGGGCUGGCAGCAACCAAAUGUUCCAACACUGCACCUCCCUGGCAGCAGUCUUCAGUCGAGCAGGCUCCGAAGCUCACUUAGUGCAAGGGAUAUGCCUGCAGAUGACUACUCCCUGUUGCAGGAGUCUGAUUCCCAGCUUAUAAAUGAUCUGUGCUACUCACGUCUUGGUUCAUCCACAGGGAAUCAUACUUCCCGGACCAAGAGUCUGAAUCCGUCAAACCUGGAUGAUCUCUUCUCAGCUGAGAUGGUCUCCUCUCCAAGGUACAGUAAUGCCGAUCAAGGUGCUAUGUUUUCACCUUCUCAGAAGGCUGCUAUCCUUAAUCAGUUCCAGCAACAGCAGCAAGCGCUCCUUUCACCAAUCAACACGGGAGUCUACUCAACAAAGGCUGUGGACAACCAGCAGUUGCCUUUACAUUCAUCUCUACUGCAAGCAUCACUUGGUAUUUCCUCCCCUGGCCGGAUGUCUCCCCGAUGCGUCGAAUCUGGGUCCCCGAUGAAUUCCCACCUAGCUGCUGCUCUUGCCCAGCGUGAACAGCAGCAGCAGCAGCAGCACCAGCAGCAGCAGCAGCAACAGCAGACAAUGAGGAGCCUCAGUUCUCGUGAUUUUGGGCCUAGUGCCGCAAGAGUAUCAGCUCUUGUUGGUUCUCCUCUGAGCUCAUCAUGGUCCAGGUGGGGAUCACCUUCUGGGACACCAGAUUGGGGUGUCAAUGGUGAAGAAUUGGGUAAACUUCGUCGGUCAUCUUCCUUUGAGCUGAGAUCAGGUUGUGAUGAUGAUCCAGAUCUUUCGUGGGUGCACACACUUGUAAAGGAGUCUCCACCAGAGAAGCAAGUAACUGCAGCUGAAUCCGUGAACUCUGUUAGACCUUCUCCACUAAUUCAUCCCUCUGUAAGUAACGGUGAAGGUUCUGGUGUGAACACUCGGCUGGAUGGACGUCAACAAGCUGCGGUUAUUGAAGCAUUGCUUGAGCAGAUGCAGCUUGAUGAGAAGGUUGGUAAUCAAGCAACAUAGACAAACAGCGAGCCUGGAAGGUGCAAGAAGUUACUAUUCUUAGCUAAAGAAUUCGAAGUAUUUUUUUGUUUUUCUGUUCAUUGAGGUGGUCAAGAAGCAUUGAUGGAUAGCUGAAGGCGGUGAUUCAGAGAUUGGUUUUCUUUAAUUUUGGAGGUAAAUCAUAUACACCAUUGAGAUUGCAGUAGUAGGUUAAAGAGUGAAGCACCUCGAUUGGGGUUGUUCCAAGGCCGAAGCAGGUAGAAUUGCACCCCGGCAGCUUCAGUUCAUCAGUAAAAAAAAAAUCCUCUAUUUUGUUAAUCUAACCCUGUUAAGAAGAAGACAUAUUUGUUGUGUCGGAAUUCUUUCCUUUGCCUAGUGGUGUUUAUUUUGUUUAUCAGGACAUUGAUGAUGUACUGAUGGUAUAAGUGGGUACAGGCAUUUUCGAGGAUUAUACCAUGGCCUUGUUUUGGUCAGAUGUUGGGGCCUCUACAAUUCUUGGUUGAUAUUUGAAAUAAUGUAAAAAAAUAAUGCAGUUGUUUCGCACUU